GAUCACUCCUGAUGAAGACUGCUGACUGGAGUAUAUAAGAACUCAAGUUUCAACAUUAGAUCACUCCUAAUAAAGACACUACACUUGAGUAUGUAAGAACUCAAGUUUCAACAUCAGAUCAUUCCUGCUGAAGAUACUACACUGGAGUAUACAAUUAGGGACUCGAGUUUGAACACCAGAAAACUCUUGAGGAAGACACUAGACUGGAGUAUUCAAGGACUCAAGCUUCAACAUCAGAUCACUCCUGAUGAAGACACCACACUGGAGUACAUAAAAACUUAACUUUCUAUAUCAGAUCACUUAUGAUAAGGAUGGUCAAAUACAAAAAAGUGCUUUAUUAAUGCUAUUGUGGGCACCACCAGUCCUAGGCGAGCUGCAAUGUUUGAGAAUUCCGUGUAGGCUGGCUGAAAUUCAUGAAUAACAUUACAAUAAUGAGAUGUUAACUCAUUCUCUCUCAGCGUACUGUAUGUCAACAUCAAGGAAACAAUUUUAUUCGAAAGCCAUAAUCAGAGAAUAUAUAUAAUAUUAAUAUUAAGGAAACAAUCGAAAAUUCUAAGGACCAAAAUUUGGUCCAAGUUAAUAUUGUCAUAUUUUUUCGUCUUGCUGAUGACCGUAUUAACGAGAUCCCAUUGUACUAAAGUCUGCCGUACUAAUUUCUUUUAAAAUGAAAAUCGCUUUCGAAAGAAAUCAGUCGGCAGAGCAGAAUAUAGGAAUAUUCACCUUCUCGCUUAUUAGAGUUCUUAUCUCGCCCCAGGAUGGGGAGCUGUAAAUAUUUUCUCAACUCACCGAACGUCUUCACGUCGAAUUACGUGUCCUAAUUUCUUUCAUUUCGGUAUUAUUCGUUAGAUUAGCGCUAAAAAUUUACCCUACUUUCCUAAUUUUAAAAUUUCUUGAAGAUCCAUGUCCCGUACGCCUUUGAAAACAAACGGUGGCUUGCUUGGAAUAAUUUUCUGGGGUGGCCAACUGCGUUCAACUAAAAUGCGCCCCAAGAUAUAACAUUUUAAAAAAUACGACCAAAUGCCCGAGACGAUGUACGUCGUACUAAGGGAUCUGAAUGUAUGCUCCCCUAGAAAAUUUUAAAUGAAGAAGCUCUAAAGUGCCAUUUUCAUGGACUUUGGUAAGAUGAAAUAAUAUACCAACCGUAUCAUUUCGAACGCGUUUUUCUCACCCAAAUAUUAAAAUUCGACCCUUAUAUUCAUUUCUACGCCCACAAAAUCAAUAGCUGAGGUAGCACGCCCUCCCCCUGCCAGUACACCACUGAAAACAAAUUAAACCAGUACAUUGCCCAAUAGCGAGUAUAGCAUUCCUGUUACAUCAUGGUGUUACCCAGCAUCAGCACACAAUUGCAGCUGGUGUGUAAUGCUAUUAUGAAAAGAUAUUUGGUGUCUCAGAGUAAAGCAACUUUUCUUCGAUUUUUCAAUCGUGCCGACGGUUCCUGGAAAUGCAUGGAAACGACGGUCGGUAACCACCAUUUUGAUCGUUAGUAAAAAGAGAGAGGAUUUACGAUGAAUAUAACGGCGACAACUGGUUUAGGAUGGUUAUUAAAAAUAUUUUCUAUGGAAUUUAAAAAGUGAACUUUUUUAUUUUCUCGAAUGGUGAGGUCCGCCAGAUAUUUUGAAGAAAAUGUAAAACAAAAUGCUAGCCAUAUUGCCAUCACACCUAAAAUGCAGGCUUCUCCGCCCGCAUUAGCAAAAUGGCAAUCUUGCGCAAAGUUCGUGGAAUAUUUGAAAUUCUGUCGACAAAAAAAGUAUUUGAUCAAGUUCUUAAGAAAGUUAAAAUACUUGUAGCCGAUCCAGGUAAAGUUGUUGCAGAAUUUACUGUAGAAGAGGAACAUCAAAAUCCCGGUGGUACUUUGCAUGGUGGAUUUACAGCAACGUUAAUUGACAGCAUGACAACAUUGGCAUUGCUGAGUGGUGAAGAUGGUCGUUCUGGAGUCAGCGUUGAUCUGAAUGUCACGUACUUGGGAGCAGCUAAGACUGGAGAUCUGGUGACCAUCACUGCUGAGGCUUUGAAAGUUGGCAGGACCUUGGCUUUUACUACAGCCGAACUGAAAUUAUCAGAUGGUAAACUUGUUGCCAGGGGUAACCAUACUAAACACUUAAGUUGAUUGCACUGAGCAUUAUAUAAUUAUGUUGAAGGCUUGGGCCACGUACUUAACAAUAAAAUGAUGUGGAUAGGCUAAUCCCAUAAACCUCAAGAAAAUACUCCUAAUACUUUAAUACAGUCGCUUAGCAAACUCGAUGAUUGAGGGGGGAGCAGAACUUAUUUAUAAGUGCAUGUCUGCCAUGUUAAGUUUCUUUGAAAUCCAUUGUUUUUUAUGGAUUGAGACUUGCAUAUAUGAAUAUUUACCCCCUCAUUUAGAAAGUUUCUGCUACUCCACUGUAGUAUGAAGGGAGAAGGAGGAUUUUGUUUGGUGUGGGAUGGCUUGUAUUUCUUGUUAUGAAAGAGGAAGGAAUAGAGUAUUAUUAACAAACUUAACUUUUAUAAUUACAAGCCACUGUACCACUAAGAGAGAUCAAUGCGCUGAUUUAGAACCCAAUUCCCCAAAUGUCAAGUUGAGGCAACAAACGCUAUCUUGAAAGGUGCUUAUAUUGGCAAAAAGCAAAGCUCAAAAUGAAAAAAAUUCUAAAAGAAGGUUCAAAAAACAAUCCUAUCAAACAUUUUGAGUACUAAAUGUAGACUAUCAACUUUGCAACUGUAUAUACACUCAAGAAAAGCAGAUAUUAGUCGUAAAUAUCGUCAGUUUUGCCUCCUUUCAAGAUGGCAGCUUGUCUCACUUGUAAGUUGUAACUAUAGAAUUUUACUGGGGUCAGAUAUAUAGUACAUUGGGUUCUACAUCAUUGGGUCAAUGUGACGUAAAUUCUUUAUUUUAAACUGUUUGUUCCCCUGUGUUCUUCCUUCGCCAAUGUUUUCAAUAAUCAUGUAUUUUAGAUGUAUUUAAUUGUGUUUCAUUAAAUUUGGAAUUGAUAUGUGUUUCAA